AGACCAUCGUUAAGACAAAACAAUCAACGUCAUUGCAAUAACGUAAUUUCAUAAUGCGUUCUCGAAAAUGCAAACGUUAUCGGGAAUACUGACAAUUGUAAAGCCGAAGCAAAUAGAAUAUGCAAGCGUUUCAAAAAAAAGUGCUGGACGAUAAGAAUUAAUGUAAACACUCACUGAAACUGAUAAGAAUCAAUUUCAGGAUAACAGCAUUACGUUGUGGGCACGUCAUAUGACGUAUGAGUAAACGAGAGAGGGAACGGAUACCCCAAACAGACAGACCGCUCGAGGCGAUUAAUUCCUUUCGUUUAAUUAUUUCGUCAUUACGCAACAACCUGUUUUGACCGCAUGGAAGGAAUCAAUCCGGAUCGACUUCGGUCGACCAACAGGGAGCGACCAAAGAGGAGGCCGGGUCCGACUCGCACUAAAUCAUCUCGCUCAGUAUUAACUCAGCUUGCGAACCGUCGACACAUAUUCGUCGAUUCUUUAUAUCUUCGAGACCCCUCCCGAGGAAGACAGCAUCAGACAAACGAUGAACGCGUCCAUACUCAGGUCCAUCUUCCGCGAAAUGCCGCAAAGACUGACGCGAACGCGAAAAGUGCAUCUGUGCGCGUCAAGACUCACUCACAGUCCAAGUCCUUUGACGCAAUUUACAGAUGAUGAACUUAUGAUGAAAGAAACCGUGGCUAAAUUGGCUAGGGAGGAGAUCGCUCCACUUGUACGAAAAAUGGAAAAGGAAGGAAAAGUCGACGACGGUGUUUUGAAAACGCUAUUCGAGAAUGGCCUGAUGGGCCUCGAAGUCCCGACAGAAUUGGGCGGCGCGGGAUGCAAUUUUAUGAGCACGAUUUUAGCCGUUGAAGAAGUCGCGAAAGUCGAUGGUGCCGUAGCCGCUCUCGUUGAUAUCCAUAAUACUUUAGUCAAUUCCCUGAUCAUCAAAGUAGCAUCCGAAGAACAAAAAAAGAAAUAUCUACCUAAAUUGGCGCAAACCUAUGCUGGAAGCUUUUGUUUAACGGAACCUGGUUCCGGAUCGGAUGCGUUUUCUCUCAAGACUGUAGCGAAGAAGGAUGGCAAUGACUAUGUCAUAAACGGAACGAAAAUGUGGAUUUCGAACUCCGACAUCGCAGGGGUUUUCUUAGUUUUCGCCAAUGCAAAUCCUUCCGCGGGAUACCGCGGCAUUACAACUUUCUUUGUGGAGCGCGAACUGGCCGGUGUGACAGUGGCUAAACCCGAAGACAAGCUAGGCAUCAAGGCAUCCGGAACUUGCAUGAUUAAUUUUGACAACGUUAGGGUGCCUGAAAGCAAUAUUUUGGGUGAGUUUGGGCAGGGAUAUAAAUAUGCGGCUGGAUUUCUGAACGAAGGCAGAGUUGGAAUAGGGGCUCAAAUGAUCGGUAUCGCGCAGGGAUGCUUGGACGCGACUAUACCGUAUACGCUAGAAAGAAAGCAAUUUGGAAAGGACGUGUUCUCUUUCCAGGCCAUGCAACAUCAAAUAGCUCAAGCGGUAACCGAAGUAGAAUGCGCCAGGUUGUUGGUUUAUAACGCAGCUAGAUUGGUGGACGCUAAAAAAGAUGUUAUGAAGGAAGCGGCUAUGGCCAAGUUAGUUGCAUCCGAAACUGCGUUACGUAUCACCGCAAAGUGCAUUGACUUUAUGGGAGGCGUCGGAUUUACGACAGACUUUCCUCAAGAGAAAUAUUUCAGGGAUUCGAAAAUCGGUACUAUUUACGAGGGCACGAGCAACAUGCAGCUGUCGACGAUUGCAAAAUGUAUACGCAAGGAAUAUUCGUAAAUUAGCGUAAAUAAUUUUUAAAAUUAAUGUUUAGUUUAUAAAAUUGCAUCAUAAGCAGGAUAAAAUCACUAGUUAAAGCAUGUAUAUUGUUAAAAAAAUAUUUUUGUACUUUUAUAUUACGAUUCAAUUAUUACGAAAUAUACUUAUACAUAUAAGAUAGCCAAUUUUCUACAUAAAAGUUCUUUGAUUCGAUAACAUAUACCAAAAUUCAACAAAGUAAAUUUACUAUGGUAAUAUGAAUAAGAGAGAUGUAUAAAGAUAUGCUACAUAUAUUAAAAUUUAACUGUUUGAAAAUCUUUAAUAAAAAUUACUACCAUCUUUGUAAA